CAAACACCCACAAAGAAGAAGAACCGGAUACGCGUCACUCUCAGCUGUGGUCGUCUGUUCAUUUGACUCAAACCGAUGAUAUAAACUGAUUUAAUGUGUUUGACUUGUGCACAAAGAGAAUCAAUAUAAAGAUGGCUGAGGUGGAGUUGUCGUGUUUGGCUUAUGUGAAGAUGUACCUGCACGCCAGUCAGUUUCCCCGCUGCAGUGUUAAUGGACUGCUGUUAUCCUCCAGUCCUGCAGGAGGCGCUGCUGUGUGCGUCACCGACUGUGUGCCACUGCUACACACACACCUGUCACUCACUCCCAUCACACAGCUCGCGCUCACACAGGUGGAUGUUUGGUGUUUGCAGACACAGCAGAGGAUUGUGGGAUAUUAUCAGGCUAAUGCUUGUGUAUCUGACAGCAGCCCGACACCUUAUGCUUUCAAGAUCGCAGACAAGAUCUCAGAACAGUGUCACAAUGCUGUCUUACUCAUGAUUGAUGGAGAGAAGAUGUUUCCGGGCUGCCGUGUGCCUCCUAUCGUCAUGUAUGAGCGUAAAGACGCCCGCUGGACUCUCAAAGACAAACACACAAUAAUGCUCCGUCAGUGGGAGGAGACGUCUUCAGUAGCUCAGCAGCUCUUCACUUCUGGGGAUCAGGCACUCUUGGUGGAUUUCGACAGCCAUUUAGAUGACAUCACAAAAGACUGGACCAAUCAGAAACUCAAUGCAAAGAUCAUGGAGCUGGUCUCUCCAGCUAAUGGAAGGAUGUGAAUACAUGUGUGUAGUGUACAGUAUGUGUGUCAACAGACUGAUCUUGUCAUCGUCCAUGAUUUGUCUUUCACUAGAGAUUGUGUGACAGUUUCUACACGAUCAGUCCAGAUACUGCCACAGUAACACACCCAUAUAUGCACAAACAUUUCCCUUAGUCUUCCAGACUCUUGAGUGUUUUAUUAAUGGUUUUAAUUUAAAAUAAUGAAAAUAAAUGCACACUAACAUCGAGUUGCAUUUCUAGA